UAUCGCAGUAUCGAGUUAGCUAUAAAGUUUUACAAUACAUUGUAAGUGGAUUGAAAUUAAAUUUAAAAAUAUAAUGCUCUGCAUUUUUGUUUUAUGUUCUUUUGCCAUUUCAGGGGUUGCAUUUGCAUAUAGUUGCGACACAUUCAAAUGUUCGAAUGUAUUGGAUCCUGUUUGUGGUUUUGUGGAGCCAUGGAGAGGUCUUCAAGUAAUUGGAAUUUAUCACAAUAUUUGCCAUCUGGCGAAGAUGAAAUGCCGCUACAAAGCUUUUUUUGACAUUCACCAUGCCCCUGACCAUCAGUGUAAUAUCAAAAGGGAUGAUGAACCAAGUGGCCGCCGAGUCUACGACUUUAGCAUCGUAGGCGCCAUCCAAGCCUGUAACCACACUUGCCCUACCCACUGCGCAGACAUUUACGAACCGGCGUGCGCGCAGAUAUGGAAACCGGGAAUGGAACGAUCUUCCUACAGGCCUAUGAUCAAUCACUGCCAUAUUGACCUUUAUUCGUGUACUGUUGGACUAAAUGUUACCAUACAACCACUUGGUAAAUGCUAUACAAACCCGUCAGCGUUGAUAUUUAUGUCUCAGGUGGCAGCCCUGAAAUCUCUGCAUUUAAUCGACGAAGCACGCAAAUAA